AUGAAGUUGAAUCUUAGUAUCUUAUUUUUAAUUGCCAUGUUCAUCGCCUUGGUCUUUGCUGAAGGACCAGAGGAAGAUAGUGAGGACAUCGAAGUCGAAAAACGGGACGCUAACCCUGAUCCAUACUACAAGAAAUACUACAAGAAAUACUACAAACAUAAAUACUACAAACGUGGUAAACACUACAAUAAAUACUACAAACAUAAAUACUACAAACGUGAUGCUGAUGCUGAUGCAUACUACAAGCAUAAAUACAAUAAAUACUACAAGCAUAAAUACUACAAACGUGAUGCUGAUGCUGAUGCAUACUACAAGCAUAAAUACUACAAUAAAUACUACAAGCACAAAUACUACUAG